AUGUUCCAUAUUCCUUACCCACCCUCUAGGGAUGGAUACUGGAGCCCCGUUACGUCGACGCUCAAUUGGUGCGAAGAGGACUACUAUGCCACCAUAUAUGCAGCUGAAAUCGUCAAUACGGUGACCAAUCUUUUAUUCCUCUUCCUUGGUAUCAAAGGCAUUCGCAGCUGUCAGAAACACGGCCAUGAUUUUAUCUUCCAGAUAGCAUUCAUGGGCUAUUUCAUCGUGGGGCUUGGAAGUCUCCUCUUCCAUUCCACCCUGAAAUAUCCUAUGCAGCUUGUCGACGAACUGUCUAUGAUUUACACCACCUGCCUGAUGUGCUAUGCCACCUUCUCCUUCUCAAAGUCUACAAGAAGUCGUUCGAUACUCGGUCUUAGCCUGCUCGGACUAUCCGUCUUCAUCACGGCAUACUAUCAUUAUCUACAGGACCCGAGAUUCCACCAGAAUGCAUAUGCAAUUCUAACAAUUGUGGUUGUUCUUCGAAGUAUGUGGCUGAUGGAGGUUACUCUACGAGCAAAAUGGCGCAGAGCGCGAGCCCUCAGCAACACACCGGUGGAUGAAUCAGUUACCGGUGUUUCCAGAGACAUCCAACUGUCCCAAAACACAAGAGAUCUAAGAAUCUUGAAUACAAUGUGGGCUAUGGUCGUUUGUGGCUUGAUCUCUUUUCUUGGAGGUUUUGCGAUUUGGAACCUGGACAAUAUGUAUUGCUCAACAAUCCGAGGAUGGCGACGGAGUGUUGGUCUUCCGUGGGGUAUCAUUUUGGAAGGUCACGGAUGGUGGCAUCUUUUGACCGGAAUUGGGGCGUAUAUGUAUAUCAUCUGGGGUAUCUGGCUUCGCCACUGCCUGAAUGGCCGUCAGGACGACUAUGAACUUUACUGGCCGCGGUUCUACACUUGGCCAGAUGUUGUGCGUGUGGAGAAGGAGAUUCCGAAGCCAGUACAUCUCAAUGGAACAGCUGCAAUCAAGGCGCAUUAG